AUGCUGAAGUCCCCAAUCACCGCUAUCACGGCGGUGCUCGCUAUGUCUAUUGCCGCCUCGGCUGGGCCCUUCCAGGUUUUGGAGCGGAUCGUCCAAUUGGCUGAGAGUCGUCUCGAUGGGGCCGGCGCAAUCUACUUUAUCACCAAUGAAGCGACCGAGAAUGUCGUCAUGGCCGCCAGCUUUGGUAAAGACGGUUCGCUGAACCUCGAGAAGGCCGUUGCAGCUGGCGGGCGAGGACUCCACGGGAUCGCCACACCUGCGGGCGCGGACGGAUUAUUCUCCCAGUCAAGUAUUCAGGCGUCCGCGGCAGGCCAGGUGCUGGCGACAGUCAAUGCCGGCUCGAAUACAGUGUCUCUCUUCUCUAUCAACCCAAAGCUGCCGACCGACAUCACGCCCAUCGGCGACCCCGUGUCUUCCGAAGGAGAGUUCCCGAUGUCCUUCGCGUUCAACAGCAACGGCACUCGCCUCUGCGUCCUCAACGGCGGGGCCGUCGCCAGUGUAAACUGCUUCACCGUAGACAAGACGCUCGGCCUCGUGUCCAUCCCGAACUCGCUCCGCACGCUCAGCCUGAACCAGACGACGCCCCCAGCCGGGCCGCCGGGCACGGCCAGCCAGCUCACGUUCAACGACGACGGCAGCAAGCUCAUCGCGUCCGUCAAGGGCGUCCCGCCCGCCUCCGUCGGCUUCCUCGCGGUCUGGGACGUGCAGCCCGCCAGCGGCGCGCUCUCCCCCACGGCCACGCAUAUCGCGACCGUCCCUGGGGGAAGUCUCACGUUCUCGCUCACGCCCGUCCCGGGGAAGAACGCGUUCGUGUCGACGGACCCGGGCGUCGGGUUCACGGUGUUCAACCUGGACGACUUUGCGCGCUCGUCCGCGGUGCCGAUCGCGGGCCAGGGCGCGACGUGCUGGUCGAGCUUCAGCCCGAGCACGGGCUCGUUCUUCCUCUCGGACGUGGGAACGGGGAUAAUCACCGAGGUGCGCGUGGACGACGACCUGCAGGCGUCCAUUGUUAAGCAAUACCCGCUCGGGGCGAACGCGGGCACGAUCGACAACGACGUCGCGACCAUAGACGGCAAAGACUUCCUCUUGGUGAUGGGGGCCACUUCAGCCUCUGUCGACGUCCUCACGCUCGACGGGCCGGGCAAGGCGCGCAAGACGUUCAGCCUCGACAUCGCGGGCGCCGCGCGCAUGGCGAACAUCCCGAUUGAUCCGCUAAGCCUCCAGGGAAUGACUCACUUCCUCCGCCAGUAA